AUGAGAGAAGAAAACCAGUCUGCUACCACAGAUUUCAUCCUUCUGGGAGUGACUGGACAGCAGGAACAAGAAGACAUCUUCUUCAUCCUCUUCCUGCUCAUUUACCCCAUCACACUGGUUGGAAACAUGCUCAUCAUCCUGGCCAUUCUCUCUGAUGUUCGCCUCCACAACCCCAUGUACUUCUUCCUUGCCAACCUCUCUCUGGUUGACAUCUUCUUCUCAUCUGUCACCAUCCCCAAGAUGCUGGCCAACUAUUUUCUGGAGAGUAAAACCAUUUCUUAUGCUGGAUGCUUCACACAGAUGGACUUCAUGUUAGCUUUUGGUAACACUGACAGCUAUGUCUUGGCUGCAAUGGCAAUUGAUCGAGCUGUGGCCAUCAGCCGUCCUCUUCAUUAUACCACAAUUAUGAGCCCAAGAUUGUGUGUUGUGAUGGUUGUUGGGUCUUGGGUGGUUGGAAAUGCCAAUUCACUUUCUCAUGCCCUGCUUACAGCUAGUCUUUCUUUUUGUGGCAACAAGGAAGUGGCCAACUUCUACUGUGACAUUAUCCCUUUGCUCAAGCUGUCCUGUUCAGACAUCCACUUCAAUGUGAAGAUAAUGUACCUUGGGGUUGGCAUUUUCUCAUUGCCACUGUUUUGCAUCAUUAUCUCCUAUGUUCGGGUCUUUGCCACUGUCUUAAGGGUUCCAUCUACUAAGGGCAUACUCAAAGCCUUCUCCACCUGUGGCUCUCACCUCACUGUGGUUUCUUUGUAUUAUGGGACAAUCAUGGGCAUGUACUCCCGACCUCUGACCAGUUACAGCCUGAAGGAUGCAGUGAUUACUGUGAUGUACACAGCUGUGACCCCAAUGUUAAAUCCUUUCAUUUACAGUCUGAGAAACCGGGACAUGAAGGCAGCUCUGGGGAAACUCUUUGGCAGAACUUCUUCAUCUCAGUUGUGA